AACGUAUACAAAGCAAUGAAUUAGCUGCUAUUAAAGUAAUAAAAUUAGAACCAGGUGAUGAUAUACAAAUUAUACAACAGGAAAUAAUAAUGAUGAGAGAUUGUCGUCAUCCAAAUAUAAUAGCAUAUUAUGGUUCAUAUUUAAGACGUGAUAAAUUAUGGAUAUGUAUGGAAUAUUGUGGUGGCGGAAGUUUACAAGAUAUAUAUCAAGUAACUGGUCCAUUAACUGAACAACAAAUAGCAUAUAUGUGUAGAGAAACAUUAAAAGGAUUAGAGUACCUGCAUUCAAUGGGUAAAAUGCAUCGUGAUAUUAAAGGAGCAAAUAUAUUAUUAACAGAAAAUGGUGAUGUUAAAUUAGCUGAUUUUGGUGUAUCAGCACAAAUAACAGCAACAAUAAAUAAAAGAAAAAGUUUUAUAGGAACUCCAUAUUGGAUGGCACCUGAAGUAGCAGCUGUUGAAAGAAAAGGUGGUUAUAAUCAAUUAUGUGAUAUUUGGGCAUGUGGUAUUACAGCUAUUGAAUUAGCUGAAUUACAACCUCCAAUGUUUGACUUGCAUCCGAUGCGAGCAUUAUUUUUAAUGUCAAAAAGUGGUUUUAAACCACCAACGUUAAAGGAUAAAGAUAAAUGGAGUCCAACAUUUCAUAAUUUUAUAAAGACAGCAUUAACAAAAAAUCCAAAAAAACGGCCAACAGCAGAACGUUUAUUACAGCAUCCAUUUGUACAGGGUGAAAUGCCAGCAAGAACAGCUAAAGAAUUAUUACAAAAAUAUUUAAGUCCAAAUCAAUUUUAUUUUUAUUCAGAUGGUGAUGAUGAUGCCAUCGCCAGUGUACCACAACGAAUAGCCAGUAAAAUGACUUCAAGGCCGAAUGGUGUUUCACCACAUAAUAAUCAUACAUUAAAAUCAGAGCCACCUGGUGGGGGCCAUUCAUGGACUCAGCAAUUAAAAAUGCUGAUAAAUCCACAAAAAAUGCGCAUUGAAGGUGCCCCAUUAUUUUAUUGGGGAAAUAAUUUUGGAUUACAAUCGUCACAAUGGAAUGAGAGAUCAUCUAGUCCGGAAACUUUGCCUAGCGAUAUGCCAUUUUUAAAAAAGAAACAACCUAAACUUACUGGAACAAUGAUUUUACAAAUGCCGAUCAGGAGUCUCUUACAAUAUAUUGAUGAGGAGUUAAAACUCAGAGCUACACUACCAAUGUCAGAUACCAAAGAUAUUUUAUCACCUGAUUAUGUUUGCCCACAUUCAGUAAGUAAUAACGGUAUAAGUCAACAAAAUGGUAAUAAUGGUCAAAAUGGAGGCGGUGGAGUUGGUGGCGGUAUUGGCGGCCUUGGACAAUAUAAUAAUUCAUCAUCACAACAUUCAACAGUAUCACCAACAAAUAUUGAAAUGAGUAAUGGUAUUAGUAAUGGUUUAUUACGUGAAAUUGAUGGUGAAAUAAUAUCAAUAUAUGAAAAUGAUGUUGAUUAUAUUGAAGCAUUAACACCAACAUCAACAACAACAACAACAACAUCAUCAUUAAGAAAUAAUCAAAAUAGAAUUGGUGAUGGUAAUAAUCAUCAUGGUCAUCAUCAUCAUCAUCACCAUCAUCAUCAUCAUCAUAAUAAUGCACAUUAUAAUACUGAUGAUAAUAGAAUUAAUAAUAUUGAAGGUAAUAAUGAUGGUAAUAAUAUUGAAACAUCAAAUUCAUUAACUACAAUAUCAGUUGUUAAUGAUGUCGGUGAUAAUGUUAGAAAUUAUAAUAGAAGUAAUAGUAGUGGUAAUGAUGUAUGCAGCAGCAAUAACUGUGAUCAUAGAACGGAACGUAGUCAGAAUGGAGUCGAAGAUUCUCCACGAAGACAUAGUUCAAUGGACCAAUUGAUUGGUUUACUAAAUGAUAUGGGUAAAUCAUCUAGAACAAGAAGUCUUAGUGACAGUGGUACACAAGAUGAUGAAAAAGAAGCUCAACCAGAUUUAUUAAAUAAUACACCCCCUGUGCCUCCGAAACGUUCCCAUCGUCGAAGACAUACUCCACCAAGACCAAUAUCAAAUGGUUUACCACCAACACCAAAGGUACAUAUGGGUGCAUGCUUUUCAAAAGUAUUUAAUGGUUGUCCAUUAAGAGUACAUUGUACAGCAUCAUGGAUUCAUCCAGAGACAAGGGAUCAACAUUUAUUAAUUGGAGCUGAAGAAGGAAUAUUUAAUUUAAAUAUGAAUGAAUUACAUGAUGCUGUUAUCGAUCAAUUAUUUCCAAGACGAACAACAUGGUUAUAUGUUAUUAAAGAUGUAUUAAUGAGUUUAUCUGGAAAAUCUUGUCAAUUAUAUAGGCAUGAUUUAAUAGCUUUACAUUCAAAACAAACUCAUCGUUUUUCAUUACAUAUGAAUAAAAUACCAGAAAGACUAGUACCACGUAAAUUUGCAUUAACAACAAAAGUUCCAGAUACAAAAGGUUGUACACAAUGUUGUGUAACACGUAAUCCAUAUAAUGGUUAUAAAUAUUUAUGUGGUGCAACACCAGCUGGAAUAUUUUUAAUGCAAUGGUAUGAUCCAUUAAAUAAAUUUAUGUUAUUAAAACAAUGUGAAUGGCCUGUAUCAGCUGCAAAUAUUGGUGGUAAUGUUGUACAAAAUGGUGGACAAACACCAGUUUUUGAAAUGAUAAUAACACCAGAAUUAGAAUAUCCAAUUGUAUGUACGGGUGUUAGAAAAGCAAAUAAUGGUUGUCUUAAAUUGGAAUUAAUAAAUAUGAAUAGUGGUGCAAGUUGGUUCCAUUCAGAAGAUUUAGAUUAUGAAGGCACUGCAACAAUGGUACCUAGAAGAGAAUUUAUUAAAGUUGUUAAAGUUCAUCAAAUUGAAAAAGAUGCAAUUCUUGUAUGUUAUGGUGAUAAAAUUCAAAUUGUUACAUUACAAGGAAAUCCAAAACAGCAUAAGAAAAUGUUAUCACAUUUAAAUUUCGAUUUUAAUAUUGACAGUAUAGUUUGUUUACCAGAUAGCGUUUUAGCAUUCCAUAGGCACGGCAUGCAGGGCAAGUCACUUAGGAAUGGAGAAAUAACCCAAGAAAUUAAAGAUAUGAGUCGAACUUAUAAACUAUUAGGAUCUGAUAAGGUUGUAGCAUUAGAAAGUCAAAUUUUACGUUCUGGUACAUUAGGUAGUGAAGAAGGUCAUGAUUUAUAUAUUUUAGCUGGUCACGAAGCUAGUUAUUAAUUAAUAGCAGAUUUAAAAUUAAAAAAAAACAAACUAUUAAGAAAAAUACAGCAAGGAAACGAUUUCGUGUUUGUUUUUUCGUAUUUUACUAUAUUAUUUCCAUGUAUAAAUUAUAAAUAUGUUUAAAAAGAAAAAUUUACAUUUUACAUAAAAAUUUUCGUUUUAGUCUUAAAUAUUUUUUUUUCUUUUAUUUUUUUUUUUUAUUUUUAUUUAAUUAAACAUUAUAAUUAUUAAAAAUUUAAAACAAAAAAUUGAUUAAUUUAGGCAACUUUAAUAAAUUGUUAAAAUAGGAACCAAAAAAAAACAAAAACAAUUAAUUAAAAUAAAAACAAAAACCAUUUAGUAACAAAUUAUAAAAACAAAAGAAAGAAACAAGCUAAAAAUGUAAGAGAGAAAAAGAGAUAACAGAAUAUUUAGAAUUAUUUUCAUAUAAAAACAGAAAAAAAUUAACAAAAAUUAAAAUUAAAAUUUAAUUAAAAUUAAAAAAUGAGAAAUACAAAAAAUUCAAUUUAGAGUUAGAGAAAAAUUUCAAUACAAUUUACCUAUUAUAGUAAAACAAAAUUAAUAACAAAAAAAAAAAAAUUGUAAAAUUUAUUAUGGUAAAAAAAAAAGAGACAAAUAUAUUUUUAAAUUUAUUUAUUAAAUAAAAAACAAAAAAAAUGCUGCACAUUAUAGAAACUAUCUAAAAAAUAAAAGCAUUCAAAUUAAUUAAAUAAGCUUUGAAAAUUUAUUUUUAAUUUUUGCUCAAUUCUUAAAUAGAACCGA